GCCAUCGCCCGCGUCGCACUCGUGCGCCCAUGCGCAUGCCAACGCGUUCGCCCAACUGCCGCCGAACUCCUCAUGCGCGUGCGUGCAGUCGACCAUUACUCGUACUCCUCCGAGGCAUAGGCCUCGUCCGCUUCCCUUGCACGCGUCACUCCUCGCUCACCCCUGCAGGACGCCAACUUCUUCGCGGAUUAGGACGCCCGCGCUUCCCGUGCACUCGCGCGCUAUCUCGCGCUCGUCGCCACUUCCGACCAUCCCGCGCGCGUCCCAGCCACCUGCGCCAGUCCCGUGCACGCCAGCAACUCCCGUCUCGCCCGUGUGCCGAUUGUCGAUCCCCGUGGGCUGCUCGUCUGGCGAUCGCGUAUCAUCUUGUUCCGUCCAUCCUCGCGCAUCACAGGCCGAUGCGCGCCACUCGCUCAUUAACCGGUCACCGUCGACCUUCUUGUCACAGGGGUACGGAACCCACUUCCGUAUCAUUCCCCUCCUCUUCGAGACUUUCCUUGUCCUCAAGGAUCUAUCCACGACCUUCCACCCAUCGGGCACUCUUUCUUCGAUCAUGCGCACAUCCCACUCACGAUCCUCGUCGACUUCGAUCGCCUCUUCAUCCUCGGUUACCUCUAAUUCUUUGACCUCGACCUCGAUGUGUUGUGCGCGCCGUUCCC